CGCUCCGGGCGGCGCCCGAGCGCUCCGGUCCCGCCGCGGCGGGCGGGGUCGAGCCCUACGGCGGCGAUGAUGCUCCUGGCGGAGCGGGACACGGACCGGGACAGGGACUGGUGAUGGCGCAUCCCUGUUCCACCUCUGCAAGUGGCUGCAGCAGCUGGACCUGGAGCACCACAGCGACCGCCUGGAGCUAUUCUCCUUCCCAAGGGACCUCAUCACGCCGGACUUGCUGCCUCAGCUCCACCUCCACCGGCUGCUCGAUGACGGGAUCUGGGCUGCGCGCAGGGAGGGCACCUGAGGGGAGAGCAGCGGCUACUUCAUGGAGAUGGAGGUUGUCAUGCAGGGGUUAAGCCAGGUUUUCAGUGGUGGGUUCCCUCUGGAGAGAUGCAUCACCACCUUGGCCCACUUGAUCACUGUGCUGUUCAGGAACUCCCCAAAGCUUGCCCCUUGCACUCUCUGGUGUGCCAGGGUAACACAUCCCAGAGCUCCAGCCAGGCUUCCUCUACUGUGACAGCAGCUCAGCAGCAGCUCUUGUCAGCCUCUUUUGCAGCUGCCAGGAGUCCUGUGAUUGUUCUCCAGAGUCUACUAGCACUUCCCCAGCUCCUUGAGGCUCUUCAGUGUCAGCCUGAAACCUCCCAGUCUCUCCUCCAGGGUGAACCCAUGACCCCUCACUCCCUGUUAUAUCCCUCGUCUCCUACAGUAAAACUGGGGGCCACAGAGACCCCAGAGGAUGACAGCAGGGAGGAGGUUAACUGAAGGACUGAAGAAGGCAUCAAACAGUCUCUGAGUGACAUUUGCACAGAUCCUUCUGCCAGGCUGUGCCUGAGUGAGCUGGCCACGGUUCAGAAGUCCACGCAGCUCAUUGGCACCAGGAAGGACGCGCCAUUGCUCAGCAUACAGAUCCUGGAGGAUGCCCACAGGGUGGACCUGAAAGGCCUGAGCAGCUGCACUUGCCACUUCAGCCAGGCCUUCCAGCUGCCCUGCCAGCACAUCUUGGCUGUGCUGCAUUCAAACAGGAAGCCCUCGCAGCAAGAGAUGCUCAGUAGACUGUGGGAGAGGGGAUGUGAUGCCCAUCAGGUCGGGUGAGACAGUGCUGAUGACCUCCUGGAGGUCCUGAAGAGCUCCUGGAACAAAUCUUUGGAUAAAUCCCAGGUGGUGUCCCUCCUUAUGGUGGAGAUCAGAGGUGAAGCUCUAGCACCGAGCGGGAGCUGAGCUGGGUGCUCCCCUCAUGUCCUGGCUUUCACCUUCAUUCCCCUCAGGCUGCCACUUCCUUGGCAUGGAAGGGGCAGUUUGGGUCCUUGAUCUGCUGAGUGGGCAUCACCUCUUUCACAGGGCAGUAGAGGGACUGGAUUGGGAGCUCCUGAUCCCGUGGGAAGGGUGACAGCUGCUGACCUGGCUAACAGCUGUGGCCAGGAGCCAGCUGUGGGUGGUGUGGCGUGGGAGGUACUGGUAUAAUAGAACCAUAGAAUAUGCUGAGUUGGAAGGGACUCAUCAGGAUCGUUGAGUCCAACUCCUGGUCCUGCGCAGAACACCCCAAGAGUCACACCGUGUGUCUGAGAGCGUUGUCCAAAUGCUUCCUGAACUCAGGCUUGGUACUGUGACCACUUCCCUAGGGAGCCUGUUCCAGUGCUCAACAACCCUCUGGGUGAAAAGCCUUUUGCCGAUAUCCAACCUCAACCUCCCCUGACUCAGCUCCAUGUUGUUUUCCUUGAGCCCUGUCACUGGUCACGAGAGUGAAGAGAUCGGUACUUGCCUCUCUGCUUCCCCUCGUGAGGAUAUUGAGGACCACAGUGAGGUCUCCCCUUAACCUCCAUUUCUCCAGGUUGAACAAACCAAGUUCCCUCAGCCACUCCUCAUAAGGCUUCCCCCUCCAGACCCUUUGCCAUCCUCAUGGCCCUCCUUUGGAUGCUCUCUAGUAGCUUAGUCUCUUUUUUAUAUUGUGGUGCCCAAAACUGCACACAGGACUCAAGGUGAGGCUGCACCAGUGCAGAUUAGAGCAGGACAAGCAGAGCAGGACAGUCACCUCCUUUGAGUGGCUGCCAGUGCUUUGCCUUAUGCACCCCAGGACAGAAUUGGCCCUCCUGUCUGCCAGGGCACUGUUGACUCAUAUUCAACUUGCCAUCGAGCAGGACCCCCAGGUCCCUUCCCAGAGCGCUGUUCUCCAGCCUCUUGUUUCCCACUCUAUACACACAGCCAGGGUUGCCCCAUCUCAGGUGCAGAAUCUGGCGCUUGCCCUUGUUAAACUUCAUUUAGCUGGUGAUUGCCCAUCUCUGAUUUGUCGAGGUCUCUCUGCAGGGCCUCCCUGCCCUGGAAGGAGUAAACAGCUCCUCCCAAUUUGGUGUCAUCGGCAAAUUUACUUAGUAUUCCUUCCAGUCCCAUGUCCAAGGCAUUAAUGGAGAUGUUGAAGAGAACUGGGCCAAGGAUGGAACCCUGCAGAACUAGUGACCAGAUAGCAAUCUGAUGUCAAUCACUACAACCGUUUGUGCCUGACCUGUGAACAAGUUGCUCACCCAUCCCAUAAUACGGUUAUCCAGCUGUGGGCUGGACAUUUUGUCCAGAAGUAUCCUGUGAGAGACAGUAUCAAAAGCUUUGCUGAAGUCCAAAAAGACUAUAUCUACUGGCUUUCCUAGGUGAACUAGGUGAGUUACCCUGUUGUUGAAGGGAAUCAGGUUCAACAAGCAGGACUUCCCCCUCCGAAGCCAUGCUGGCUGUAGCCAAUGUCAACAACAAUGUCAAAAACACCAGGUGUUUUUUAGGACCUCCCAAAAUAAUCUUUUCUAUGAUUUUACCAGGUACUGAAGUGAGCCUGACAGGCCUGUAGCUUCUGGGGUCCUCCUUUUUGCCCUUCUUAAAAAUCGGGAUAACGUUCGCCAGCUUCCAGUCAGCUGAGACCUCUCCAGAUUUCCAGGACUGCUCAGAAACCAUCGAGAGAGGCUUUGCAAUGACAUCAGCUAGUUCUUUGAGGAUUCUCAGAUGAAUCCCAUCUGGCCCCAUAACAACAUGUGACAAAAUUAUUUCAUCUGUGGCCAGCGCCCACAGGUCCUUGCACCAUCCAGCUGCGGGGUGUUGUGCAACAGAGCCAAUAAAUCAGCCUUGUGCUGCUUGGGAGCUGCCUCUGUCCCUGCACCAGCUGCAGAUGCCCCUCCCUGCCCAGAGGAUGGAGUGCUGGGGGUCGGGCAGGGUUUUGGGCAGUGCUGCUUGGUGGUCCUGUGCCACCAGAGUGCCCCAGGUGGUGGGAGGUGGCAGCUCCUGAGGGUGACAGCCCCACUGCGCUGCAGCCCCACUUCACAGAAGGGGAGUGGUUUAUCUGUUUUCAGCAGCUGCUCUCAAUUCCUCAAGAAAGAGGAACCCACCCUCGUGUGCAGGGGUCACUAUCGGGCAGAUUACGCCGGGGGGAGGUGGGGGAGCAAAGGCU